GCUGCAGCACUUUCGAAUUCGAUCAAAGGGUCUCUCUUGCCUCGCCGAAGGAAGAGCACCUGUUAAGUCGAUUAUGAAUUCAGGGGCAAACCAAGAAUCCCAUCAAUCAAGAACUCAAGGCCCCCAAGCUCACCCCUUUAUCUUUAAACAGAAACUCUUUUAUCUACUAUCAGUCUUGGUGCUCUUUGUGGCAAUUUCUUUGAGUAUCCCCAAAACGAACCACUACAAAUCGCACCAACUAAAAUCAACCCUCACAUCACACCCCAAUUUCCUAAACAAACUCCUAAGAUCCUUCCACCCAAUUGCAAACCAAAAUGCCCCAAAUCCCUCGAGCAUUAGUCCCACUUCCCCUUACUGUCUGCUGUGGAUGGCACCUUUCCUUUCAGGAGGUGGGUACAGCUCUGAAGCUUGGUCUUACAUUUUAUCCUUAAAUAAUUACAUGAAAAAGAAUGAACCCCCGAGAUUUAAAUUUAGAUUGAGCAUUGAGCAGCACGGUGAUUUAGAAAAUCUUGAAUUUUGGGAGGGUUUACCGUUCGGAAUGAGGAACUUGGCUAUUGAGCUUUAUCAAAGUAAGUGUAGAUUGAAUGAGACUAUUGUAAUUUGUCAUAGUGAGCCAGGUGCUUGGUAUCCUCCACUGUUUCAGACCCUUCCAUGCCCACCAACCGGUUUUGGUGAUGUUAAGGUUGUGAUUGGGAGGACUAUGUUUGAGACUGAUAGGGUGAACGCUGAGCAUGUUAAGAGGUGUAAUCAGAUGGAUUAUGUCUGGGUUCCUACUGAAUUUCAUGUAAGGAGUUUUGUGCAAAGUGGGGUUGAUCCUUCGAAGGUUGUCAAGAUUGUUCAGCCUGUUGAUUUGGAGUUUUUUGAUCCAGUAAAGCACGAGCCUUUGGAACUUGCCUCAAUAAGGUCGUUGGUGUUAGGGUCAGAGACUAAGAACUUGAGUAUGGGGAGAAAUUUUGUGUUCUUGAGCGUUUUCAAAUGGGAGUAUAGAAAAGGGUGGGAUGUGUUAUUGAGGUCUUACUUGAAGGAAUUUUCAAAUGCUGAUGAUGUUGCUUUGUAUUUGUUAACGAAUCCUUACCAUUCUGAUAGAGAUUUUGGUAAUAAGAUUGUUGAAUAUGUAGAGGACUCAGACUUGGAAAAACCUGUUAAUGGUUGGGCUCCAGUUUACGUCAUUGAUGCACAUAUAGCUCAGGUUGAUUUGCCAAGACUCUACAAGGCAGCUGAUGCAUUUGUUCUGCCAUCGAGAGGAGAAGGCUGGGGUAGGCCUGUAGUGGAGGCCAUGGCUAUGUCAUUACCGGUGAUUGCUACAAACUGGUCGGGGCCAACUGAGUACUUGACAGAGGAUAAUAGUUACCCAUUACCUGUGGAACGAAUGAGUGAAGUGAAAGAAGGCCCAUUUAAAGGCCAUUUAUGGUCUGAGCCCUCUGUCCAGCUGCUGCAAGUUCUGAUGAGGCAUGUAAUUACCAACCCUGAAAAAGCUAAAGCCAAAGGAAUGCAGGCAAGGGAAGACAUGAUCAGUAGAUUCUCCCCUGACAUUGUUGCCCAGAUUGUUACUGAAAGCAUACAGCAGAUUGUUGAUAACGUGCUCUAGAGUUUUGACAACAUAUUGUACAAUUAUUUAGUUCCCUUUGCCCAAUAUUAUGCAGAUGAUUGGUUCUGUUGCUGACUGAGUACAUGUUGAACAUUGAUCUUCUUAAGCUGCUGGAGAGUUACUCAAACAUGUAGGUGAGUUUCUAGAUAGACAUUUAGUUUAUUUUUUGUAUUGCGAAAAUACACCUUUAGAGGAUUCAAAAUCCGUCCAGUAUGCAAAGAAUGCUUAUCAAAUGAUGAAACUACUUACUGCAUUACAGCUAAAAGUUUAGUACUUUUGAAAUUUAUGAAUAGCCAAAAUGAGUUCCUUCUC